UUGAAGUUAAAACUUAGAACUGAAAAAGUAAAAGUUAGGAGUCGGGACAUGCUCCCUUGCCGGUAGUCUCCCUCUUUCUGAUCAUAGUCCGAGAAGAGAAAGGCAAAAGGAAAUGGAAGGUAAAGAGCAAAGCAAGAAGAAGGAGUCAUGGUAUUGGAAUUGGUUGAUAGGGUCAGUAGCAUUGAGAGUAAUACUCGUUUACUUUUCCAAUAACCUCAAUCUCGCUUCUCGCCCCGAAAUCUCCACUCCGCUCACCAGCCUUCGCCGCCUGGCCGAGGGUUACUGGUUGAAGCAGUCAUCAAUGUCUCCCUACGCAGGAUCUAUGUACCAUGGUUCUCCAUUGCUACUCUCACUUCUUGGCCCACUCACUGCCAAAAGAAUUGAAGGGCAACCUGAUCAUAUUUUGUGCAGUUUGGUUUUCGUGAUUGCAGAUGUUGUGAGUGCCAUGUUCAUUCGUGCUACUGGUCGGAAUCUUCAGAUUGCUUAUAGUCAGAGUUUGAAAUUUCUAGACCUUGUUAAAUUAUCGGAAAAGUCAGAUAUCCUUCCUUCUGGAGAUAUUGCUGCUCUUGUCUACUUAUGGAAUCCUUUCACAAUAGUUGCAUGUGUCGGUUUGUCCACAUCCCCAGUUGAGAACCUGGCCAUCAUUUUGUCCCUUUAUGGAGCAUGCAGACGAAUAGCUCCUUUGGCAGCUUUUGGAUGGGUCAUGGCGACACAUCUGUCCCUGUAUCCUGUGAUUCUGAUUAUUCCGAUGAUUCUUUUAUUAGGAUAUGGUCCAGAUACUCCCCCUAGGAAAUUGUUCCUGCAAAAAAAAUAUGUUGAAGUUGGAGAUACUCCCUCAAAUGAUAGAUGUCUGCAAGAGGAAGCAGUUGAUCAACCUGAACUCCCAUAUGUUUUCUCAUGGAGACCAGUGAUACAUUUCUUAUUCUGGACUUCUUUGUGGUUGGUCUAUGUGUUAGUUCUAUGUGGUGUAUCUGUUAAACAGUACGGUGGUCUCUGGGAGUUGUUUAAAAGAACGUAUGGUUUCAUGCUCACCGUGCAAGAUCUAUCUCCUAAUAUGGGUGUCUUAUGGUAUUUCUUUGCAGAAGUUUUUGACUUUUUCAGAAAUUUCUUUCUGAUAGUUUUCCAUGGGAAUAUUCUAUUUAUGAUACUGCCAUUAGCCAUACGGCUGAAACACCGCCCAUUCUUUCUAGCUUUUGUGUACAUUGUGAUCUCCUCGAUGCUUAAGUCUUAUCCUUCUGUUGGAGAUUCAGCUCUGUACUUGGGACUGUUGGGGUUGUUUGUUAAUGAACUUGCAGAUAUGAAAUUCUCUUUCUUCCUGUUCUGUGGUUACAUCGGGGUUUCUCUCCUUAGCCCUGUGAUGCACAACCUAUGGAUCUGGAGGGGCACUGGCAAUGCGAACUUCUACUUUGCAACUGCAAUGGCUUAUGCUUGCUUGCAGAUUAUUUUGGUGGUCGAGAGUGUAAGUGCCAUGCUCAAUCACGACAGGAAGCUGAGAAAGCUAUCCGCCACAAAGGUGUUGGAUGGUAAAACUUAAGCACUUCUUGCCACUGCAUGCAUAUUUCUGAUCGCUUGGUAUUGGUGCUUAGAGUUCUAGAGCAAAAUUGCAGUGGUAUAGCUGCAAUGGCCUUCCUUGUUUUAUACUCACAAAGAUGCAAUUGCAAAGCACUCUUCUGAUGGAUCGGGCAGCAUAGACAUUCUUUUGAAUUACUUUUAAAUCAAAUUUUGGAUGUAUAAGAUUAUUGUAGUUUGAUUAACAAUACUCCAUAGUUUUUUUUUUUUUUUUUUUUCACUGUAAAUUGGUACUUUGUUUUAUUUACAAAAGAAGUAGAUAGUUGAUGGACCA